AGGAAAAAAUCAAACCGUUAGAGCUUGAAGAAGUAUUCUGAUGUCUGUUUGACAAGUUCAACCAACAAGCUCUUUCGGGCCAAGACAAGACCAACUCGGGGGCAAAGGAUCCAAGAGACGAACUUGGGACUGGACGCCCGCAAAAUGCUUUUUAAGAGGCGCGAACCUCGGUAACCCCAAAAACUGCCGACCCCACUUGCUAGAUACAACCAUACAAAAGAACCAAGGAGUACGGAGGGUGAGAUUGUUGCAGCAACCUCAUUCUGUAAGCAGCGUUGGAGAAGAAAAAGGCUCUCCAAGAAACAAAUAAGAGAGACAAACCAGUGUUUUUUUUGGUUUAAUUAUAUUUUACAGAGUCGUUAAAAAGGAGGAAAAUGUCGGAUGACACAGCAAACCGGAGGCUAGAGGCCAUCAGCCGCCAAGUGUCGGCAAGCGGCUCGGCCGAUGCAUCGUCGUCGGCAAGUCUACCGAAGCUCGUCAAGGUAGCGGGAGAGUCGACAGCACCCAGGGCUGCGGAAAAGGUGGUCAUAAUCACAGGCGCCAACUCCCCCAUGGGAAUCGGCCGUGCCACGGCCCACCAGUUCGCCCAGAACGGCGCCCGGGCCGUCUACCUGUGCGACUUUGACGACUCGCACCUCGAGGCCCACAAGAGCGAGAUUACGUCUCUGUACGGCCCCGAUGUCGACGUCCACGUCCGCCAGUUCGAUGCCUCUGACGAGGCGGCAGUCAAGGCCGUCAUCGACGACGCCGUGGCCCGCUACGGCCGCCUCGACGUCUUCUUCGCCAACGCGGGCAUCGUUGGCCCCGCCACCAUGUUCCAGGACGUCGACGCCGAGGGCUUCAUGCGCUGCCUGGCCGUCAACACGCUCGGUCCCUUUUUGGCGGCCAAGCACGGCGCGGCGGCCAUGGCCAAGGUCGGCGGUGGGGGCAAGUCGGUCUCAGGCGGGAGCAUCAUCAUGACGGCGUCGGUGGCGGGCCUGCGGUCCAACGCUGGGCCGACGCCUUACUCGGCCUCCAAGGCCGCCGUCGUGUCCAUGGCCCAGACGCUGUCGUACCAGCUCACGGGCACCGGCGUCCGCGUCAACGCCAUCUGUCCAGGUCUGAUCGAGACGGGCAUGACGGCGCCCCUGUUCGAGAUGGCGAGGGCCAAGGGCAACGAGAGGAAGGUCGGGCAGCUCAACCCGCUCAGGAGGGCCGCGCACGCUGACGAGGUCGCCCGCGUCGCCCUCUUCCUGGGCAGCGACGAGAGUUCAUACGUCAACGGCCAGGCCUGGGCGGUGGAUGGGGGUUUGAGUGCAGGGCACCCGUACGUCCCGGGCAAGAUGAGCUAGAUGAGGAGGGUGAUGGGAUGUGGAAGAGGUGAUGGCUUUUUUCCCCCACUCUGGCUAGUUCACAAAAUUUAUCUGUCAGCAUUUUGUGUCGAUUGUUUCCUGAUCAAUUUUAUGACGAGAAACAAUCUCGAUACAAAUCUCACUACAAGACUGUAGCUUUUUUUUGUGGUUAGAUUUGUAUCAAAUAGCCGGUAAAAAGAUGCGAGAUGGGCAAGGAAAAUCACAGCCAGUUCCAAAAUUUAAUUCAGAUUGUCAAAGUGAAAAUUUGACCCACCAACCCGCCCACCCAC